AUGGCUGCGCUGGGAGCGCCGAGGUGCCUGCGGGGCGGAAGGGUCGCCGUGGCUUCUCUGUUCUUGAGGCAGCGGCCGCAGGGACGCCGCGCCGCGUGGGGAUGGCGGAGCCUCUGCCAAGGCCCGGAGGCGGGGGAGAAGAAAUCUGAUGUUCCAAAACCUUCUUUUACGGAUGAAAAAGUUCAGAACUUGCUCUUCCAGAUGACAGGACUGAAUUUGCAGAAAGUCUUUAAGCCAGUAAAACAAGAACUUAAACCCCCGACGUACAAGCUUAUGACAGAAGCGCAGCUGGAGAAGGCCACAAAAGCUGCUGUUGAGAAGGCUAAAGAGAGGCUCAAAAUGCCUCCUGUAUUAAGUGAGCGGGAGCCAAUUAAUGAUGUAUUAGCAGAAGACAAGAUUCUGGAUGGAAUAGAACCUUAUAAAUAUGUAUUUACUGACCUAGCAUACAGCACCCCCCACCGUGAACGCUUUAUUGUAGUUCGAGAAACAAAUGGAACAUUACGCAAGGCCACUUGGGAGGAACGGGACAGAAUGAUACAAAUAUACUUCCCAAAAGAAGGGCGCAAAAUUAUUCCUCCAAUUCUGUUCAAAGACGAAAACCUUAUGACAACAUUUCUUCAAGACCGCCAUGAAGAACUCCUUGAUCGUUGCCUUGUACAGUUUGAGCCAGAUUCACCUGACUAUAUCAGAGUUCAUCAGCGGACGUAUGAUGAUGUUGAGAAACAUGGAAAAUAUGAUCUGCUGCGUUCAACAAGACACUUUGGAGGAAUGGUGUGGUACUUUACAAAUAGAAAGAGGAUUGAUGGAUUGCUGAUAGACAUGCUCCAAAGAGAUUUAAUCGAGGAUGCAGUAAGCUUAGUUACUUUGUAUCACAUGCUCCAUCCUGAUUGCCAGUCAGCAAAAGAAGCACAAGAAUAUGACAUCCAAGGACUAGAUUUAAUUAAGGUUUUUGUGAAGACAGAAUCACAGAGAGCUGGAUACAUUGAACUUGCACUCCAGUCUUAUCAAGCAACUACGCCUAGGUCUGCAGCUUCAUAAAGACCUUAUCAAUCCACUUAAUGAUGUCUGUGGG